UUUAAAGAUUCUUACAAGCAAAGAAAAGUUUGCGUCUAAGGUUUGCGUAUUUGGUUCGUUUAUUUAUUUAAUUAAAUAAGCAUUCUUUUAUCAAGCGAUGAAGUAAAAUUUUGCUAUUAAUACAUUGAGAUAUAUCCAUUUCAUAAUCAUGGCUAAUGGACCGAUUGCUGAACGCAACAGAGAUGCAACAAUUUACGUUGGUGGUUUAGAUGAUAAAGUUACAGAAUCGUUAUUAUGGGAACUGUUCGUCCAAUCUGGCCCCUUGGUCAACGUUCACAUGCCCAAAGACCGCGUAACAAUGAUGCACCAAGGCUAUGGUUUUGUGGAGUUCAUGGGUGAAGAAGAUGCUGAUUAUGCCAUAAAAAUAAUGAACAUGAUAAAGCUUUAUGGAAAGCCAAUAAGAGUGAAUAAAGCAUCAGCCCAUCAGAAGAACUUGGACGUGGGGGCGAAUAUUUUUAUCGGGAAUUUGGACCCCGAAGUGGAUGAGAAGCUGCUUUAUGAUACAUUUUCGGCGUUUGGUGUUAUACUUCAAACACCUAAGAUAAUGAGAGACCCCGACACUGGCAAUUCCAAAGGCUUCGCUUUCAUCAACUUUGCAAGUUUCGAAGCAUCUGACGCCUCAAUCGAAGCAAUGAACGGCCAAUACCUCUGCAACCGCCCCAUUUCCGUCUCCUACGCCUUCAAGAAAGACUCCAAAGGCGAACGUCACGGCUCCGCAGCCGAGCGUCUCCUCGCAGCCCAAAACCCCCUCUCCCAAGCCGACCGCCCCCAUCAACUAUUCGCCGACGCCCCUCCCAUGGGCAUGAUGCCCCCAGGAAUGACUCUCGCUCCGCCCCCACCUCCCGUAAUCCUCGCUGGAAUGAUGCCUCCACCACCCCCCACUCCGGCAAGUAUGCAACCUCCUCCACCCCCACCAGUUCCUCCACCCAGUUCUUUCCCCUCGGGGAUCCCCCCUCCGCCAUUACCUCCCUCCCAACCGCCCUUGCCACCAGGUGCACCUCCACCGCCUCCAACCUCCGCCGCUGGAGCACGGCCCCCUCUGCCACCAAUGCCUGCCUCAACGCAAGCUUCAGGCGCCCCCAGGAUGAUACCACCUCCGUGGCAAGGUGGAGGUGGGUUACCGCCACCACCACCUGGACCGCCAAACUCGGCAGCGCCCCCAACGUCAGGUGCACCGCCGUUCCCGGGAUGUUUCCCGCCGCCACCGCCUCCAGGGGGGCGGCCCCCGAAUUGGAGGCCGCCGGUUAAUUUUGGUGGAGGGAGACCACCGUUCCCACCAAGGGGACCUCCACCACCACCUCCGAAUAAUUUUAGCGAAAAUAAUUGGUAAAAACAAUAAUACAAUAAAGUCAAGGUGAAUUUUUUUAUUUC